AUGAGCCAGUCACUAGCUCAUUUGAUCAAGAAAAAGAUCUUUCUGGGGAAUUCAUCACUUAUACCAAUAGAAGAUGAUCGGAGGAAAAAAGGCAAGAAAUGGGGGAGAAAGAAGGAUGAUGAUAGUGGCAAUAAAGAGACCUUAGCUUCACCGACAAAGAAUCAGACGCAUACAAAUGAUGUUGGAUUUCAUUCCCCUCUGUCACGAUUGAAUUCUAUAGGUGAAGAGAGUAGUAAUAGUAGAAUCGAAGAGAAAAGUGAGACUGAUAUACCCACUGUUUCUAAUAUGAUAGGGAGCGUUGGCGUCGAUGAGACCGAUGAAGAUAGUGAAAGUAGUGAAGAUGAUAUUGCAGGGGAAGGUCAAAACGAUGAGGAAUUACCACAAUCGCCGGUGGAAAGUGAUGACAGUGAGAAGAGACCAAGUAAACUACACAUGCUGAAAUCUAGAAUAAGUGUACCGGAAUUGAGUUUCAAACCACCCAUGUUAGGACAUCGCCAUCAUCGCCCUGAUUCGCAUAAUAGACAGAGGAGUUUGGAUAAAUCACCAUCGAAAGUACAGACAAAUUCACCUAAUUCCGUUUCUAUGAGUCCAAGUAGCUUUACAACACACAGACCAUCGUAUGAAAAAUCGCCGAGUGGUCUCGGUUCCAUUUAUAAGCUAGGAUCGAAUUCAUCAGCAUCUUCGUCAAGAUUUUUCUACUCACCAAAGAGAUCAGGGAGUAAUGCCGCUGCUAAUGGAACAAUAUCAAGAAUGACUCCUAACUGUGGUAGCAACUCUAACGUUAGUAACAAACCAAACAAUGCGAGUGCCUUAGUUAACAGUAGCAGUAGUUCACAACAGCUCAUGCGGGGUCAUGCAAGAAACAAUUCAGUGGAAAUGAAACCAGUCAAACCACAACCACUACCUUUUGGAAGAAGACGUAGCAAGACGCUGGAUACUUAUGGUGAUCAUAAGGGAGGAUGGGAUGCGACGAGUGAAUUACUUACAACGAUUAAUGCACAUUUGAGUAGUUCUCGUGGUGGUUCAAUCAAAAGUAGAUCACCCUCAGUGAAGAAUCAGGAGACUGCAGCUGCUGUAGCUGCAGAUGGUGUUCCACUCCCAUCAGCAACUCCUCCUAGAUUUUCUAAUGGCGGUAGUAAUAGUAAUAUAGGAUCAAUACCUUUUCCAGCGGCACCUAUACCACCACAGCCUCCAACAUCGAUGUCAAGACGUGGAUCAUCCAUUGCUAAUGCAUUUAACAGUUUUGUUAAUUUACGUUCGUUUAGUACAACAUCUUCUAAAGGUAUGGGAACUGCAAAUAAUUCUAAACUAGAAUUAUCAUUAACACCAGAUUUACCACCACCACCAGUACCCGAUGAAGAUGACAGUCGUGAGGAAUAUUUGAUGAAAUUAUCACCUUAUGGUAAUGAAAUUGGACCUAUUCUUACGGAGACUGAUGAUUCAUUUAGAAGGGACUGCCUUAAUUAUUUUUUAUUGCAUCAUUUUGAUUUUACGGAUUGCCCCUUAGAUAUUGCAAUGAGAAUUUUACUCAUUUUCCUAAAAUUACCAAAGGAAACCCAACAGAUUGAUAGGUUGUUGAUAGAGUUUAGCAAAGUUUAUUAUGAGGUACAAUGUGGGGAUACAGCUAAUUCUUCUUUUUGGGUCGAUCAAAAUCAAUUAUAUUUCCUGAGUUUUUCACUUCUAAUGUUGCACACAGAUUAUUUCAGUCCAAAGAAUAAGUUUAAAAUGACAAAGAACGAGUUUGUUAGUUUGAUACAUGAAGAUACGGAAUCGUAUGGUUAUAAAGUACCAACAGAAAUUUUAUCCUAUUUUUACGAUAAUGUCACCGCCAAGGAGUUCCCCAAGUUCGAAUUUACACCCCAGGCCCCAUCACAGAGUAUAGAAUCUUCUGAAUCAGAGAGUGAUCAUGAUGGUUUAAAACUUUACUCUCCAUUGGAUAUCUUGAAGACCCAAUCUGUUUUUUCAAAUUCUGAUUUUGCACCUUCAACCAAUAUGCGGACAGAUAGAACGUCGUCAAGUUCUUUUUCAUCGUAUUUGCCACACGGGCCCACUUCUGGUAGUAGUAGUUCGUUGGCUCAAGAUGAUGUUGAUAUUUACGGCCACAUUUUUGAUAAUGCACUACCUUUGUUAAGUUUACAACCUUCGGUACAGAAAUUAUGGGAUAAAGAUUACAUGUUUGAAUUAUUUAACGGUGAAAACAAGUACAACAAAUAUUUUUCCAUUUUCAAAGAGGCCAAAGGUGGGUAUUUGAGAUUGGACAAAGCCAGUCUACAAAAAUUGUCCUUUCCCAAUUUUGACGUUUUAAAUCCAUCAGAUGAAGAUUCAACUUGCAUGUAUUUGAAAAUAUUUCAAAUGGGACGAAUCGAAGAAUUGACUGUGAACAGAAAAUUCUCCAUUGUAGGAUCUGCAAAUAAAACAAUGUGGAAGAAAAAAUUGGGUGUAUUAACUUCCUGUGGGUUACUAAUGUUUGACCAUCAUGAUUGGAUUAAUCCUCAGUUAGUUAAAGAUGAAUAUACCGGCACUUCCAAUUACAUUAUAAAUUACCAUCCAUCAUCUGCCAUGACUGUGGAGUCACCCAUUCCUUUAAAAGGGUUGUUGGCAGUAAACAAAUCGCAUAAAUUACUAAGACAGGCUCUGAGUAGAUCAGAAGCCAUUGGUGAUGAAACUGAGCCUCGUUCAAAUUUAACGAAUACCAGCAAUAUAUUGGAUGGACAGUACAGUGGUGACACUGAUGACGAUUGCAUAAUGAGAUUGUAUGGAUCUCAGAGGGCUAAAGUUUGGAGAUGCUCCAGUUCAUACGAAAGGGAUAAUUGGAUAGACGCGAUUAAUCUGGUGGCAGCCUGUGAUGGUUGUUUCAUCGAUUCAAAUACAGUUCCAAACACUGUUGUUUCCGCCAGAAAGUAUGAGGUUAAGGAGAAAGUGAAAAGGCUACAAUCAACAGGUAUGCAAAAACAACGGAACUUGGAAGAAUCAGAAAAUUUACUAUCACUUUACGGUCAAACUAUACCUAUUUGCACUAGGACCAAAAACGAAUUGUUAUUCCAUGUUAAACAGCUGGCUGUCACAAUGGAAUGGUUGGUCUAUGAGAUCAAAAGAAGCGAAAUCAAUCUAAAGAUUCUUGAGCAACUAGGUUCUCAAUUUGAUGAUGGCCAUGAGGAGAAAGAAGAUUAUGGUGGGAGCGAAUUAGUCGACGAUCAUACGGAUAGUACUAUGAAGCCGCAACAACAAACUCUGCACGAGCCAACAAGUAGCAUGACUGCUCAUGAUCCCAUCUCCUCAACACCAACUCGUCGGCCAUUUAUCUUUGAUGGAGAACUGAUGCAAAGGGACUUUUCCAAAAAGCACGAUGCUGUAGUUUACGAACAGACAGAAGUUAACAGCAGCGAGAUUUUGACAUCCUAUUAA